CUAGUGAUAACAAUGUUGAUUCCGUUCUGGCAGGAGCUGCUCAUCUCCACACUCGUGCUACUCGUUCCCAUGUACUUGUACUUUAGGUCUAGUGGUAGAUCAAAGAAUCCAGGAGCUCUCCCCAUAAACUGGCCAGUAAUGCACAUGUUCCCUUCCUUGCUGGCCAACGUCCACAACUUGCUCGACUAUUUCACCUUGGUUCUAGCUGGAUCAGGCCUCAACUUCAGAGCGCACGGCCCAGGCGGGGCCGGGAUGAGGUUCUUCGUUACCUGCGACCCUGCAAACAUCCGGCACAUCUUCACGAAGAACUACACCAACUUCCCCAAGGGCACGGAGUUCGCUGCCAUUUUCGACAUCAUGGGCGAUAGCCUCUUCAACGUCGACGGUCCGCUGGCUCUUCGUCCACGAGCGAAGAUCCAUACUGUACUCAGCAGCCCACGGUUGGUUGCUAGUAUGGAGGCUUCUUGCCGUGACAAGGUGGUGAGCGACCUCCUCCCGUUGCUUUCCCACAUGGCAAACACCGGCACAGUAUUUGACAUACAAGAACUGAUGUCGAGGUUUAUGUUUGACUUGGCCUCUACGGCUCUAUUUGGCGAGGACCCUGGCCUCCUUUCCAUAGACAUGCCUCACAUGGAUGUCUCGAUUGCCAUGGAUACGGUCAUGGAAGUAGGCUUUUUUCGGCACAUGAUGCCGGCCUGUUGCUGGAAGGCGAUGAGGUGGCUAAACAUUGGCCCUGAGAGAAAACUCGGUGCGGCGCACACAAUUCUACGAGACUUCAUCGCAAAGAUGAUCGAGCGGAGGAAUAUUAACAAAGGACAUGUUAAUAGUGAUCACGAACAAGAGGGUGUGGAUAUUUUCUCUUCCUACAUCAACGACCCAGAUUUUUCCGACUACGACUUUCUCCGUGCGGGGCUCAUUGGCCUCAUGCUCGCUCUGCGGGACACAGUUCGUACGACGCUGUCAUGGAUCUUCUACAACCUCGCCCAGAACCCUGAUGUUGUUUCAACCAUCCGCAAUGAACUUACACCAAUUGCACUACGCAAAGCAUCCACGGCUGUGGGUGACAUGGUGAUCUUUGAGCCAGAGGAGAUCAAAUCUAUGGUCUAUCUGCGAGCCACCUUGUACGAGACACUCAGGUUGUACCCACCAGCGCCUUUGGAGCGUAAGACGGUGGCCACUGACGAUAUCAUGCCGAGUGGCCACAAGGUACACAGCGGUGACACCAUUUUUGUUUCUAUCUACUCCAUGGGAAGAAUGGAGGGUGUGUGGGGUAAAGACUGCCUCAACUAUAACCCACACAGAUGGCUCUUGGAGGAUGGCAAACUCAGGUAUGUACCGUCUCACAAGUUCUUGUCCUUCAACUCGGGCCCGAGGAUAUGCCCCGGCAAGGACAUUGCAGUCAUGCAGAUGAAGAUCGUCGUCGCUACAAUAGUUUGGAACUUCGAUGUGGAGGUGACGGAAGGGCAGAGCAUCCGGCCCAAAUCGUCUUGUAUAUUGCAAAUGAAAAAUGGUCUCACAGUGAAACUAAAGAAGCGAUAAACCCAACAUUAGACUGUUUACAUAUUCUGCAUGACUAUUCCGAGGUUGAAGACCAGUAUUGUAUUUACAUAUGCGUGUUGCUAUAUAUGUAUACUCUCCGGAUAUUUAAUUUGGCUCUGCGGAGCAUAUGCUCCUGCGUGUUAAAAAUAUAUUUUACAAAUGUCAAAAAAAUGUAUACUCU